AUGGAUGGCCUAACAGCUGAGAAAGGUGAAGAGGGCAAGUGCCUAGCCAUGUUGCAAGCAAAGUGUCUGAUCUUGCUGCACUUGGGCAUACAGCAAAACCAAGAUUUCCUUACCUCAUUUGUACAAAAAGACGGUUUGGUGCUUGUGGAGGAGACCUUAGGCACGAUUGCUGAGCUGUUGAACGCUGGUCACAGUCUUCUCCUUUCGGAGUCUCUAGAAAACAAGUUAUCGGCGUUUGAUAUGUAUCUUACGCAGUGUGCCUUCAACUCGUGCAAGCUCAUGAUUGAAAUCGCUCUGGAAUUCGGCGCUGAUUGCUUUCAAACUUGCAGCGAUGAUGACGAAAGCAACAACGAAAUGGACGGAUCGCAAGUAUCGACGACGUUAUUCCAGCUAUUUAGGGGACUGCUACGGCAUUCCAAUUGUAGGCAACAACUUCUCACCUACUUCACCACGAGCGACAGCACGCAGUACACCAUUUUUCUGCGUCGAAUGACUAAGCUAUUCACGAUGUUCCCCGACAAAGUUAUAAGUGUCUCGGGAGAGCUUGAGACAGAAACAACUAUCGCUUGCUUCGUGUCGGAGAUUUUACUGCUCUUGUUUCAAUCUGCAGCGAGAGAAGCCAAUGACACUGUGUUGAUUGAUGAACACGAACUGUUCACUCAUUUGCUACCUGCGGUCGUACAACUGGUGUACAGUGACAAGAAAAACAUGAACGGACAAGCCGCGGACAAUUGUCUCAAACUUCUUCACGUGGUGCUGCUGGAUUUUGAUUAUGACGAUGAAAAGGGUGAGUAUGAACUCUACGAUCCUUUUAUACGGUCGAUCCUUCUCCCCUACCUGAGUGAAACGCUGAGGAGGCAUGACACCAUGGACGAGAGCAUUUGGAAUCUGUCGAGUGAACUGCUCUUCGGGUUGCUUUCGAGCGACACGGCCCUCGUAAGUGAAGCAGAGAGCCUCGAUCUUGUGUCGAUGAUUGUAAACGUGCUCUGCGUUCCAGUAACGUUUACAUCGUUACCUUCAAAUUCAGUGCAGCUAGUCCAGAUACUUAUGGAGUCGGCUGACGUAGAAUUGGAUUCGGCUACACGAGUUCGGCAUCGCCCGGAGGUAUGGUAA